CCUUUCUCCACAGGAAUCCCAAAGUGUCCACAGCCUGCCAUUUCUACAAACGAGUCAGUGUUAGUAAACGUAUCGUGUACGGCAUUUGCGCAGCUCUGCACGAAGAGGGAAUAGCCAAUUCGUGCGCAUUCUUCGGUAGGAAAAUAUCCCAGGGGAUGGGCUAGAUUCUCGGAAAAAUGCUCUCUUCGUUUAGCUGCUGUCCGUGUUGGGAUUCGGGAGUUGUCCGGCUGAGAACAAAAAUAAGCCACUGACUAUAAUUGAAGAACUCGUCUUGUUCGUCAAAACACGAGGGGACUGCUCUCUCCUGUAGAUAGAAAUGGUCAUGCAGGGCUCCGACGAAAGGACAUGGAAAUGAUCCACACGCUGCAAAGAGCCACCAGCCGACGACGUGUUGCAAUUAAUGAGAGAACUGACCUGUCAGUUCCGAGCGACUGAGUAAUUAAUUUAGCUCUUGAUGGUAUGUCAGGUCUGCCUGACACCCGGUAGAUAACCGAGGAGGCUCCAGGGCUUUGGUGUGUUGGAGUCCAUUCAUCUUUCAGUUGUAAUGACGUCUGCACGGUUAUUUGAAUUAUAUCGUUGAGACAUUUGAGAAUUCGUCCGCUUGAGCCAGAGCCCGUCUCUGGGGAAACGGGGCUGAGGCGGGCCGACAGUCGGAAGGAUAUGGGAAAGAGAGCGAAACCGAUGCAGUGGGUCUUGGCAAGGCAUCGUCAAAAUACAGGGCCGUGAUGCCUGGAAUGGUGAUGUUUCGGCGGCGCUGGUCAGUUGGCAGUGAUGACCUGGUGCUGCCUGCCCUCUUCCUUUUUAUAUUACACUGCAUCUGGUUAGUGGUUCUGUCUGUGGUUCUGUUUGGCCUCCCAUAUGGCUCAGACCAGUCAUGUUCUGUAACUCUGGUGGACCAUGGCCGAGGGUAUUUGGGCAUCUUGGUCAGCUGCCUCAUAUGUGAGAGCGCCAUCAUGUGGCUGAGCAUGAGGGGCAGCAUUUUGUACACGCAGCCCAGGGAAGCUGUACAGUACGUCAUCUAUAUACGUCUAGCUAUUCUGUUAGUUGAGCUAGUAUAUGCUGUAGUAGGAAUCGCCUGGCUUGUCCAGUAUUACCAGCCCUGUUCUGAUGUCACAGCCAAAAACUUGGCUUUAGGAAUCGUUGCAUGCAACUGGCUUGUGAUAUUCAGCGUAUGUAUUACCCUCAUGUGCACCUUUGAUCCUACGGGUCGGACUUUUGUCAAGCUGAAAGCAACCCGUCGGCGUCAGCGCAACCUCACUACGUACACUCUCAGACACAGAUUAGAAGAAGGCCAAGCCAGCAGCUGGAGCAGGAGGCUAAAGUUCUUCAUGUGCUGCACAAGAGCCCAGGAUACACAAUCAGAUGCAUAUUCAGAAGUGGCAAGCCUUUUCGCAGAGUUCUUCAGAGAUUUGGAUAUUGUUCCGAGUGAUAUUAUUGCUGGUCUGGUGCUUCUCCGCCAGAGACAGAGGUCUAAGAGAUCUUCUAUUCUGGAUCAGGCCAACAAUGACAUCUUAGCCUUCUUGUCAGGGAUGCCUGUCACUCGUAAUACUAGAUACUUGGACCUGAAGAAUUCGUCUGAGAUGAACAUGUACAAAGAUGUAUGUUAUUACAUGCUCUUUGCUCUGGCUGCAUAUGGUUGGCCCAUGUACCUGAUGAGGAAGCCCGCCUGUGGGCUGUGCCGCCUCGUGAGCUCCUGCCCCUGCACAUCCGUGUCCGGCUCUCGCUUGACUCAGUCUGUCACGGUGGAGGAGGAUAAUUGCUGUGGCUGCAAUGUCCUUGCCAUACGCAGACACUUCCUUGAUAGAGAUCUCAAGCAGGUUCACAUUGUCUACACAUCUUGCCAUGACGCUGUUUAUGAGACUCCCUUCUUUGUGGCGGUGGAUCAUGCAAAGAAGAAAGUUGUCAUCAGUAUCAGAGGGACCCUUUCACCAAAGGAUGCCUUGACUGAUCUGACAGGGGACUCUGAGCGUUUGCCUGUGGAGGAGCAGCAUGGGACCUGGCUUGGUCACAAGGGAAUGGUUUACUCAGCAGAAUACAUUAAGAAGAAACUGGAGCAGGAAAUGAUCUUGUCACAGGCUUUUGGAAGAGACCUGAGCAAGGGCACCAUGCACUAUGGGCUGGUGAUAGUUGGACAUUCGCUUGGUGCAGGCACUGCUGCUAUUCUGUCCUUCCUGCUGAGACCUCAGUACCCUACACUUCACUGCUACUCUUACUCUCCACCUGGUGGACUUCUCAGUGAGGAUGCCAUGGAGUACUCUAAAGAGUUUGUCACAUCCGUGGUGUUAGGAAAAGACCUGGUACCAAGGCUCGGCCUGUCACAAUUGGAGGGUUUCCGACGACACCUUCUGGAAGUCUUACAGAAAAGUAACAAGCCAAAGUGGAGAAUCAUUGCAGGAGGCACCAAGUGCAUCCCCAAAUCAGAGCUUCCAGUGGAGGACGAUGAUCCUCAAUCUCAGCCUGCGGCACCCCCCAGCAGUCGCCUGUGGCUACACCCCAGUGACCUCAGCAUUGCCCUGUCAGCCUCCACACCCCUUUACCCUCCGGGCAGGAUCAUCCAUGUUGUGCACAACCAUCCACCAGAGACAUACUGUGGCCAGGAAGAGCCGACCUACUCGGCUCUGUGGGGGGACAACAAGGCCUUCAAUGAGGUCAUCAUAUCACCUGCCAUGCUGAACGAGCACAUGCCCCACAUGGUGAUAGAGGGCCUAAACAAGGUGCUGGAGAACUAUAAUAAAGGGAAAACUGCUUUGCUAUCAGCAGCCAAGAUCAUGGUGAGCCCCACAGAAGUGGAUUUGAAUCCAGAGUCCAUAUUCAUGGAUGCAUCAACAUCCUCUCAGCAGCCAACGCCUACAACCCACCACCGCAGGAACAGUAGUGUUCGACAAAAACCAUUGUCACGUUCAUGUGCCCAGUCUGAAAUAUCUCUGGAUGGUUUCUCUGAGUGCCCUCCUCCCCCAGUGCCCGUAGUGCUGCGUGGAGCUCGGGAGCGUCUAGCAGUUGAGCUGAGGGAUCGCAAAGCACCACUGGCCAUCAUGGAGAGCCUCUCAGAUGCAGAGUCAAUCUACAGUCUGGAUUCCCGACGCUCUUCAGCUGCGUUAAGAGGCUCACCAAUGCUGGGUAGCCUACCAUUCCCUUUGGAUGCCCCAAUACCAGAGGAGAACCCAUCUCUUAGCUCUCGCACUGAACUAUUGGCUGCAGACUCACUCUGCCAAGCCACGCCAGAACAUCUGGGUGAGGUGGGACCCUUCUUUACCCCAAUGGAAUCCAGAUCCACCCCAGAUUAUCCCACAAGGCUGUCUCCAGCCACACCUCACUACAGUGGACAUCAUUCCCCAGCUCCUCUGAAGCAGAGUGUUUUGGCUCAGCCUUUCAAACCAGAGCCUAACGCCACGCCAACAUUGCUACCUGAUGGGGAACAGAUACCUGGGAUCUACAGCCCAGGGAGCACACCUACUGCUCCCCUAAGCCCACAAACUGGCUCUAGACCUAUGGAUAGAGGAAAGGAGGACUGGGAGAUGGAGACAGCAGAGAAACGGUUAGGUGCAGACACCACAACUUCUAACCUUCCACCCCAGCUAUCUAAUGGAAACCCCAGUCAGGCAGUUUUGGAGUUUGCCCAGUACUUGGACUCCCUAUUCAGACUGGACGGCAGCAGCUCCCCGCCUCUGGAGCUCUCUGAUGGGGAGUCAGAGUCAGGCCGGGGAUCUUUUGGGCAGGGUGAGUGUCUUGGAGAUGGACAACAAUUAGAUGACAAACAACUUCUAGCAAGAGCGACACUGGAGCCCAAUCUAGUCCCUAAGCCUCCACGCACUUUUGCUGGAUCUGCUGAUCCCUCUUCAGGGAUAUCUUUGUCCCCCUCCUUCCCUCUUUCAUCAUCCGAGGAGCUCAACGACCUUUCCCCUAGUGAAGGUGCCCCACCUGCCAUGCACUCCUUACGAACAUCUAGCCCUUGCCACUGUCCUGAAGAGAACACACUCUCAUCAAUGGUUUGAUGUGCUCUGAAGGUCCCAGUGCCCUUUGCUCUAAGCUGAAAGGUGCAGUAGUCCAAAUUUGAAAACAUAUCACAGUACACGCAUGUAAUGGAAUGCAGUCACUCAUCAGAGAUCCAAUGACAGAACUUGACAGACCAACUCACAAACCUUUAUUCAUUCUUCAGGUGUCCCCUUUGAACUCUGUUUAUAACAUUUUCACAAUGUUGCAACGUCAAAAAAAGAAAAAGAUACCUCUCUCUGCAUGCCAGGGGGCUUUGCUGCUUAUGGAUGUAUAUAAACAACUGUAGCUUCACAUCGUCAUUCCAAAACUCUGUUGUCUCACUCAUGCGGGGAAAUGUUCACGUUACAUCAAGUCCGCAACGUAGAAAAUCAAAGGGAAAAUAGUUAACCUAGCAGGGAUUCAGAAACUAACACUGUAGAAGAGGUUAGCAUAGGCACAUCAUUGGGUUAGAUGUACUUUACAACUUCCUGCAUCUUCAACAGCUUUGGAAACUUGUCCAGCUUUUAUUUAAAUAUUAUUAUGAUGAUUAUUCUUAUUGUUAUUUUUUACAUCAAGAAUGUGAAGAUGGACAAAUUUGUUAAUAAAGAGACUUGAGAAGACAUGAAGAAACGUUCCUCAGGACUACAAAGAAUUGACUUUGUGAAAGAGAGUAAGUGUGUUAUGUUGGUGAGAAUACAUGUGUCUUAAACAUUUAGUGAUUGUGACAAAACGUUAUUACAGAUGCCUAUGGAUGUUUUAAGUCUUUUGAUUACACUUUAUAAUGCAUGAAAACUUUAUUUUUUAUUGAUUUCUUCUUGAAGAGAACUUGUCACUAAGACACUUAGAUUGACAUUUGGUUACUCUUGCACAUUGCAUUUUGCUCAGUUUACCCCCUUUGCCAAAAAAAGGAAAGAAAAAAGAAUACAUUGUCUUGCCAAAUGUAUUUAUGAGAUGUAAUUUUGUAUAUGUAUAUGGAUAUUGCUUUAUUUAAACACAGGCUUAGGUUAUCUCCUUCCUUAGCAAUUCUGUCUGUUCCCAUGUAGACUGUUACACAGCAACACCAUGAAAUAGAUGUCAUCCUGACAUUAAAACACUGCCAUGGCUUUAAAUAAAAACAAAAACAAAACCUCUGCACGUUGGGUAUUAACAUAUAACAAACUUGCUAAUUACUGUACAUUUCUCUAGAGAGCUCUUAGCAAUGUGCCCAGGUCAGAAUGUGCAUGCCCUAUGCAUUUCAAAGUAGCAUGGCUGGUAUAAAACCACAGUAAAUAAGCUCUAAACAUGGCCAAAUAUUAUCAUCAUAUGAAAACUCAAACUUGUGAGAGGCUAUUCACAUGACCAGGUUGCCAGACAGGACCAAACUGCAUAUCCGAAAGGUGUCCCAGGAUGUUGUUUCUCUUGUUCUGAUGGUGCUCUCAAGUCAUUUUGACUGUCAGGGUGUUUGCUUCCCUUUAAUCUGGUUCAUCCUUGGAGUUGGACUCUGAAUGAAUGGGCUUGAACAUUAUGCCAAUUCUAAAUACUGUAUGUGGAACAAAAUCUUUCACAUCUUUCAGUCUGGUUGUAACAGGUUGCUCACAAUUUGCAUUAUUUAUUACAGUUAAUGUUGUUAUCACUUUUCUUGCCGUAUUUGAUAGUAUUAUCCUUAUUGCUUUUGCAACAGAUUGGUUUGAUGUCAGUGGUUUUUUAUCUCAGUUUUAGCACAGUGUGAGGAUCGUUUUAGACUUUUCCCAAAUGUAAGGAGUUAAUCUAGUUCGGCUUGUUUUCUGUCUGAGUGGUAUUUGACAUUCUGGUGACAACUUUUUUUUUUUUUUUUUUUUUGCCCCCCAUUUCUUCACAAAUGUGUCAAAGUGGUGAGACAUGCUGCAGAGUGACAGCCUUCUCACAGUGACCUUUGGCGCAGUGCCUCCAUCAAGCCUGGAGCCUGGAUCUACGCAGCCACUCUAACUGGAAUAACAUUUGCCGUGGUUACUCACAGCACAUAGGUCCAGCCUGUUUACAUUUCAACACCACUCAGAUCAUGCUGCCAGUCAUGUUAGAUACACUAGUGCUGGGCCUGUAGUUUCCUACAUGCAGUAGCUUUGCUUGCAGCUGGUCAUACACUAAACUCUGCUAAAAGAAAGCACCAAUUAUUUCCACCGUGAUGUGUACAGCACUGUCUUUAAUGUGUAAUUAUUUAUGCAGAUGUCUAUAAAAAAAGAUGAAUUCCAAUAGUCAUGUAGAGAACAACUAUAUAACAAUAAGACGACUGUAUUAAAGAUAUCAAUACUGAAGUAGAAAAAAGUUAUUUAUUCAAGCUAUUGGCAGAUUUAUAAAUUGGUCUAUAUUGAAAGGAAUAAUUCAACUAUGUCUUGUCCAUGUUUACCUGGUUUGCUUCCCUUCCUCCUGUCCCACAAUGAGAAUGUAUUUUAUCCCUGUCCCUCACUGCCCUGCCUGUAAUGGAAUAAACUACAAACUAUGAGAGAAAA